CCACGGUCACACGCGUAGCUCGCUAACGGACUCGGACAUGAACCGACGCCACUGUGACGACACUCACUGCGGCCGGUCGGCGAUGACGAGCGCGCGCAUUUGGCGUGAUACAAUAGGAAUGAAGGAAGAAGCGGCACCGACCUCCACGAAGCUCCAGUGCGUCGCUCUCGUGCUCUGCGGUUCCAACACAAAUGUGUCGGAUGCGUCCAAAAUCACCAACAACGCUAGUGAUGCGCAAUGGAAAUAUCCGGUUACGCCAUUUCAUAAUAAAAGCUGAAAACCCAGCAAUCGUUGUUGAGACCAGCCAACACCAAACAUUGUUGUCUGCACCCGUAUCACAAUACAAUUCAGACAGCCUAUACGACAUACCUCGUGUGUGUGUGUGUGUGUGUGUGUGUGUGUUAAGAUGCAUGAAUUUAUUUCGUUUAUUCGACGGACUUCCGGUCAUGCAUUUCUCGCUCACCUUGGGGUUCGUGUAGAAAGGCGGGAUGUCAUGCUGUUGUGCCGUCGUAUUUCGGCCCAAAUGCCAUUGUUCCGUCGGGUAUUUAUGAUUUAUUGAGGAUUUUAUUCAUGAUUUCUUUCUGUGGCUGGGUCACUACAAUUCCCAGCAGCCACCGCGCGACAGGAAGCCGACUGCACAACCGCCGUCGGACUGUUGACGCGCGUAUGCGGCUUAGAUCGACGCGUAUUGGGGCACUUCUGACUUCUGUGUCGCCGAGUAGGAGCGAAAAUGAAGAGAAGCGAUGAAGAUGAAUACUGGAACAGUUCCAAGUUCAAAGCCUUCACCUUCGACGAUGAAGACGAUGAUGUCAGCAGUCAGUUGCAGGAGUCCCGGCGGACGGUGAACAGCCUCCGUCAGCUGGUGCAGGAGGACGAGGAGGACGAGGUGCAGAAGGUCAGCUGGAGCGGGGAGCCCGUUGGAAGCAUCGCCUGGUCGGUCCAGGAAACGGCCUCAGAAGGGUCCUUCCCGAAAGCCAACACAGACGCUGCCGUGAUCAGCAGGAGUCACUCGGGCUACUCGCUGAGCUCGCUCUUCAAAGGAAAAGCAAGGAGCUUCCAGAGCGACAGUCCUGUGAAAGUCCUUGGUCCAGAACUGAGAAGAUCGAAAACAGAAUACAAGGAGUCGGCCUGUGAGUGGAGUCUGGACGAAACCGUCCGCAGGAUGCAGCAUGGCAAACCGGUCUAUCUGGAGCGCUUCCGGACUCUCCAGGACAAGCUGGCGCUGCUGGACGUUGCGACCGGUCGACACGACGGAAACAUCAUCACAGCCGUGCUGAUCUACUUGAAGAGGACUCUGGACGCCGAGGUUCUGUUCAGAGAGUUGGAAUUCAGACAGACUGCACUCAGACACUUCAUCAGUCACCUGACCGAGAGCCAGGAUGAGAAGCUUCUGCUGGAGCUGCUGAGGAGCCUCAGGAGAACAGAGGAAGCAGCGAUGGUUCACUAUAGAAAACAGUUGCGAUUGACGGAUGAGAAGAAGAGGCGGGACUUCCUGAAGGACUGUGUCAGUCUGGGCUUCGGUGCCGAGGACUCGGCUCAUGUUCAGGAUCAACUCGACCUGCUGGAGUUGCAGCGAGUCAUCGAGAUGUCGGACCAGGAAGCAGAGCGUGGUGGGAAGGAAGAAAUAUUCCGCAAGUUCCCCAGGAAAUCUGCGCUUGUCAACUUGCCCUUAAUAACUACCUUGUACUACUGUUGCUUCUACCACUACACGCAGCCUGAGGGCAGCUUCUGCAGCCCCGCUCACGUGCGGCGGACCUUCAAGCUCUCAGAGAAGCAGCAUCUGGUGACAGCCUUGGCCGCUCGAGCCCGACAGAAGGCCUGGAGCGACGUGGAGGCCAUGCUGUCCACGCGAAAGCUGUUCGGCUUCACCAGGAGAAAGUGUCCAAUCGGCUUCCACCGCGUUGUUGACAUUCUGCACAAGAACAGUGCACCUGCACAGAUGUUGCAGCAGUACGUGGCGCUGGUGGAGGACUCAGACCUUCGGAUCAGUUUGGCACAGAAGCAUCGCUGCCAUGACAUCGUCAUCAAUACCCUCAAGGACUUGAAGGACCGGCAGCAGCUGCUUGCAUAUCGAGGGAAAGUGGAUGGUGGAUCAGCGGAGGAACACAAGAUCGAUGAGCUUCUCAACAAUCCGCAACUUCGCUGGAAGAACUGACACGACACACGGGAAAGAAAGUCCAGGACACCUGGGGGUGGGCGUGUCAAGACGCAGAAGACUGUUUUUAAUGAAACGUGGUCAUAAAGAAUCUGUGUUGAGGAUGGGGUGUCAACCCUUGGAUCCACCUGAAUAAAUGCAGAGAGUCACUGGGAUGCUAACCAGUGUGGGCUCCAGCAGGUUGGUCCCGGUUCCAGAGUCACGUGAUCGACCCGUGUGCAAGGCAGCGUAAAAAAGCAGGGAGCGUAGCGUCACACAUAAAAUCCCUAAAGUAAAAUCCAAGUCUGUGGAGCGGCCCUCAGGGCUCGCUCUGAAGGGUCAGCUGGCUCCGAUGCGGGG